CAUUGGCUUGACAAUAGAGAGAUACAGGGCAGGGGGAAAAAAGCAAGCCAGGGCUGGUGGUGUGUGCGCGCGAACAAAGAUCUAAGCCCUGUCGCUCUUCCACGGUGUGUGAGGGUAGAGAUUCAGAGAGUCAAGACGGAUAGGGAAAGGAAGAGAGAGGGGGGGAAAGAGAAAGAGGAGAGAGAGAGCGCGAGCGCUAGUUGUUCACUCUCCAGCUCCUACCUCCGCGCUCGGCGUGGACCGAGCGCCGGAUCCGGGGCGCGCGCGGUAGCGGCUCGCUAGUCCGCAGGUGGGUAGCCCGGGCGUGGGAGGAAGGGGAAGUGACUUUCCCCUCGGAAGAGGGCGCUGGCUCCCCCAUCCUGCCUUUAUAAUAAGGCUAGGGGAGGAGAGGAAGCCGCCGGCUUGCCGUCUGCGAUUUGCAAAGCAUGCAGUUAGGGGAGCAGCUCUUGGUGAGCUCGGUGAACCUGCCCGGCGCGCACUUCUACUCGCUGGAGAGCGCUCGAGCCGGCGGUGGCGGCGGGAACCUCGGCCCGGUCCCCGGAGGUGCCUCUGUCCCGUCCCCGCAGAGGCUGGACUUAGACAAAGCGCCCAAGAAGUUCUCGGGUAGCAGCGGUCUGUCGUGCCAGGCCGGGAACGCAGAACCGUCAGCCGCCGGUGCAGGGCCCCCCACGGCCAUGCUCGGUGACGCCGACACCGGGGACACUUUUGCCAACGCGGCGGCGGCGACGGUGUCUAAGCCGGGACCCCCUGAUGGUCGCAAGGGGUCCCCCUGCGGAGAGGACGAGCUGCCCUCCGCCUCGGCCGCCGCCGCCGCCGCGCGCUACUCCAUGGACAGCCUGAGCUCCGAGCGCUACUACCUUCAGUCCCCUGGAGCGCAGGGCUCCGAGCUGGCCGCGCCCUGCUCGCUCUUCCCGUACCAGGCAGCAGCCGGGGCGACCCACGGAUCGGUGUACCCGGCUUCCAACGGCGCGCGCUACCCCUACGGCUCCAUGCUGCCCCCCGGUGGAUUCCCCGCGGCCGUAUGCCCACCCGGGAGGGCGCAGUUCGGCCCGGCGACCGGAGCUGGCAGCGGCGCGGCUGGCAGCAGUGGCGGAGCUGGAGGUCCAGGAGCCUAUCCCUACAGCCAGGGAUCUCCCAUCUACGGGCCGUACCCCGGAGCUGCUGGGGCAGCAGGAUCUUGCGGAGGAUUGGGGGGCCUGGGGGUUCCAGGCUCCGGCUUCCGCGCCCACGUCUAUCUUUGCAACCGUCCUCUGUGGCUCAAGUUCCACCGGCACCAAACAGAGAUGAUCAUCACCAAACAGGGCAGGCGCAUGUUUCCCUUCCUGAGCUUCAAUAUCAACGGACUCAACCCCACGGCCCACUACAACGUGUUCGUAGAGGUGGUCCUGGCCGACCCCAACCACUGGCGCUUCCAAGGGGGCAAGUGGGUGACCUGCGGGAAAGCGGACAAUAACAUGCAGGGCAACAAAAUGUAUGUUCACCCAGAGUCUCCUAACACUGGUUCCCAUUGGAUGAGACAGGAGAUUUCCUUUGGGAAAUUAAAACUCACCAAUAACAAAGGCGCUAACAACAACAACACACAGAUGAUAGUCCUACAGUCAUUACACAAAUACCAACCACGACUGCACAUCGUUGAAGUCACAGAAGAUGGCGUGGAAGACUUGAAUGAACCUUCCAAGACCCAGACAUUCACCUUCUCAGAAACGCAGUUCAUUGCCGUGACUGCCUACCAAAACACUGACAUUACUCAGCUGAAGAUUGAUCAUAACCCUUUCGCAAAAGGCUUCCGGGACAACUAUGAUUCCAUGUACACCGCUUCAGAAAAUGACAGGUUAACUCCAUCUCCCACGGAUUCUCCUAGAUCCCAUCAGAUUGUCCCCGGAGGUCGGUACGGCGUUCAAAACUUCUUCCCGGAGCCCUUUGUCAACACUUUACCUCCCGCCCGCUAUUACAAUGGUGAGAGAACCGUGCCACAGACCAACGGCCUCCUUUCACCCCAACAGAGCGAAGAGAUGACCCACCCUCCCCAGCGGUGGCUUGUGACGCCUGUCCAGCAGCCUGGGACCAAUAAACUAGACGUCGGUUCCUAUGAACCAGAGUAUACUUCCAGUACCUUACUCCCAUAUGGCAUUAAAUCCUUGCCCCUCCAGACAUCCCACGCCCUGGGGUAUUACCCCGACCCCACCUUCCCGGCAAUGGCAGGAUGGGGAGGCAGAGGUUCUUACCAGAGGAAGGUGGCCGCAGCAGGACUUCCAUGGACCUCCAGAAUGAGUCCUCCCAUGUUCCCGGAAGAUCAGCUCUCUAAGGAGAAAGUGAAAGAGGAAAUUAACUCUUCCUGGAUAGAAACUCCCCCUUCCAUCAAGUCUCUAGAUUCCAAUGAUUCAGGGGUUUACACCAACGCUUGUAAGCGGAAAAGGCUGUCUCCCAGCACCUCCAGCAAUGAAAAUUCUCCCUCCAUAAAAUGCGAAGACAUGAGUGCUGAAGAGUACAGUAAAGGCACCUCGAAAGGCAUGGGGGGCUACUACGCUUUCUACACAACUCCCUAGAGAGUUCUCCUAGCCUCUUGACAACUUAGCUAACAUCCCCCCGGAUGGAACUGGUGGUGUGGUUCUGUGGUCGGUGGUGUUGUUCCUUGCUUCCCCUAGGUUGCCAAAAAGACACUCGCCUUCCUUCUACCAUGAUGUACCCUGUUUUGUGCAAUUCUCUAAAAGAAGGAGCCAAAGCUUUGUGGUUACUGCAGGUAACUGAGACAGACCUAGCAAUUCGUUGUUUUUUUUUUUGUUGUUGUUGUUGUUUGUUUGUUUUUUUCCCCCUCUUAAGUGAAUGGAGGACUCUGAACUGUUUUAAAAUUCAAAGGCCAUUUAAGGUUCUUGAUUUUAUUUAUGGGAAAAAAGUAACAAGCAGGCUGUGAAGAUGGAGUUCCUGCACUAUCAAAUGGGAUAAGAAAAAGAAAGAACACAAAAGAACCUUAAAGUCUCAUUUCUAUUUGUCAAUCCUUAAGCAAACAGAAGCUCUGAGUGUUGAGGUAUUUUUUGCUUCGGAAGAGAAGGGCUGGCCUUAGGCUCCAACAGUGGGCUCCCCCCCCAGCUCCCCUCCCCCCUUAUCUCUUAUCAGCGGCUGGGAGUCCAGAAACAGGUCUGUGAAAGCACUAGUCUGAUCUGACUAGGACUCCUUGCAGAUUUGUGCCAUGAACCCCGGUUCAGGCACUGCCUCAGUUGAAAGUCGCUAGGAGAGGCGGCCCUUAGGACUUAGGGUAGGGAAGGGAGACAGAGAGAAUAUUUAAGUGUACAGUCGUGUAUCUAGAGGCACUGUAGAAUAAUGUUGAAUAUAUUGUAUAAAUCGACUCUGUGGGCGUUCCGAGGUCAUGUAAAAUGGGUGCUUUGGCAUUGUUGAAGAAUUUGCAGAUCACCUAACUGUAACCGAAGGUGUGAGAGGUCAGUAUCACACUCUGUGACGUUUGGGUACAUUCUGAUUACUUCUUAGGUAGUAAAGAAUGUAUUCAGCAAUUUCUGUACCAAUUUAAACCAUGCUUAAAGAAAAAUCCCUGUCCACCCCCUUCCUUGGCCAUCCCUGCUCCCCACCUCGGGAAUGUGAACGAGUCUGCCAGAGCUCCUCUAAGCCUCUGAGAGAUCUUGGAUUUCUAUGUACAGCUUUAAGUCUUUUUAAUAAAUGUGGCUCAAUAAGG